UUAGUAUAUAUUUGUGGUAAAAUGGCCAAAAAUAGGCCAAAGUCAAAAUUUAAAAAACAUUCUAAGGAUAAAAGUAAGAAAAUAAAGGUUUCAAAGAAUUUAAUCAAGAAUAUAAAUCAUGAUACUGUUAGUAAAGAUUCUGUAACUAAGCCACGCAAAAUCAAGAUAAAAUCCGAUAAAGUAAGGAAGAAGGAUUUUGAAAAUGUAAAUAUUAAAAAAUUCCAGACUUUGGAAGAAUACAAAUCAUACAUCUCCCAGAUUUGCACCCAGGCUAUAACGUACCCAGAAACUGAGUUAAACAAUGUUAACCUUCUUUAUAAUAUUAUUGAAAAGAAAGGCGGCGGACCAGAAAACUUACUGGAUUAUGUGAAGAAGUUAUCUGUUCUCUCCUUGGUUUCAGUAGUUUGUCACCUUCUGCCUCGUGUGAGCCACGAGUUAAAUGAAGUGAAUUUAGAAGUUGUAAAGAGGACUGAAACUGCACAUUCGGCGAAUGUUAUAGCCCAGGAAAGGGAAAUAACGAACAAAACCAUCGAAAUUAGGGACAAACUGAUCACGUUCAUAAAGAAUAAUUUGAACUCAAAUCCAGAUUUUUUCCUUCCUCUAGUUUCAAAAUUAGUUGAGUCUGAUAACAGAGUAUCAGAUGAACUUUUAUCACUGUGUUUAAAGUAUUCUAAGGUAUCGGAAUCCUGCCUUGAGUCCAUUAACUCUUUGUUUACCUACGGGUCAAUUGUUGAUAUUCACAGAUAUCUAAAAUUCAUUUUAAAGUCUUCACACACUAAUCACAAGGUUGUUAGAGUUAUUAAUGAAAUCCAAAUUAACAAGAAACACCACCAAUUUUUACUCUCUGAAGGCUGUUUAAAGAGUGAAAAAACGCCAAAAUCAAAAUUAAACAAGGAGGAUAAGUACAAGAAUGAGAUUCUGAGUUGGAUUAUCACAUAUUAUACAAAAGUAUUGAGGGACUGUAAAAAUUACAAGUUGAUGGAGUCAUGCAUUGAUGGUUUGGGGAAGUUCGGAUUAUUACUGGAGGAGAGUUUACAGGUAGAACUUCUGCUGGAGUUUAAAAGGAUAGUAAACGAUUUUAUUGAUAAGGAUGUGAAGAAUUACAGCUUAAUAAUAUCAGGAAUAAACGCAAUAAUUAAGAUAGUGAAGCUGGUGACAAACUUUGAGUAUAACUGGCUCUACGAAGUGUUCACUAGAUUGGCCACCAGGAUAGUUCCACUACUAUUCCAGGGAGAAUUACAAUUCAACAAACAUCCUGGAUCAAAUGAUGAAGUCAAUGGUGAUGAAAAUAUGGAUAGAAAAGAGACGAAAAAAGAGGAAGAUUCUGUUUAUUUCACUUGGCCCUGUGUAACAAUAAAGUUCUUGAAAUGCCUUGAUAACAUUUCAAACCUGCUUCUAAAAUCGAAUAUUAUCGCAGACUUUCAAGUUAUAUCUCAGCUGGUACAGGUUUUAGUCUCAAUUUCACCACUCGUUGAUUCUGACGUAGCAGUACCACUUAUGUACUAUGUCAAUGAUAUAGUUUCAAAGACGCCAAAGCUCCAGGCGAUCCUAUCAAAGGAAGGAAUUGUUUUCUCAGUGUUAACAAAGGGGAAAUCGUCAUACUGGGACUUGAAACUCUUAAAAUCUCACUAUUCACCUUACAUAAGUUCCAUAUUUAACCAAUCUAAGGAGCCAAACACAGUAAUUCUAAAGCCAAAACAUACUCCUACACCCUUGGAAUCGAGGGGUGUUGAUGCUAGUAAAUUUUAUAACCAAAGCGGCCUGGAGAUGUAUCAGAUAUUAUUUUCAGUAGAUUUUUUCGAUAAUUUAAAGACUUUAAAAUCUUAAGCUGCAAAACAAUAAUUUUACACUAUGUAUAAUGUAAUGUGUGGUUUA